AUGAAAAAAUAUCCAAAUCUGGUUCCAUUCAUUCCACUAGCAACAUUUACUUAACUACCCGUUUUUAUUAAUAAAAGUCUAAUGAUUAAAUGAGGGUGGAUGAGAAAAAUCAGAUUUGACGUUAGUGAUUAAGCAAAAUUGUUCUCUCGCUGUUUCUUUUAAUAAAUUUUUGGGUUUUUAAAGUGUAGUUUUAACAUGUUUGGUCCUUCUAGAACUGGAUUGUGAAAGUGUAAUAAGUGCAAAAAACAAUAGUGUAAAAGGCUAAGUGCUAAUUACUGCGAGUUGGUAAGAUUAGACUGUAAAUCUUAACUUUGAUUUCGUGCACCAGUGAGGUUAAAAACCUUUAUGAACUAUUUCACUAAUUUGGACAUUUAACCAGUGCUGAAUUGAUUUUGGACUUCUGAUACGUGGACAAUAUUAAUUGCAAAUAAUAUUUAUAAAGUGAUUUGGACUAAUACAAUUCCGUUACGUGAACAUUUGUGAUUAUAAACUUUGGUCAUUUUAAACUGCAUAUUUGUAGACUAUUUCUUUCGAUAUAGAUAACAAGUGAUAUAACUUUACGUACAUUUAAUUCGAGUAUAUACGGGAAAGUGGACUUUGGACUCAAUUCGUGUUAUAAACUUAAACAAUGGCUCAACUUUGUGAAUCACAAAAAACAUUAUCGGAACGCAUUUCUAAGUUACAAAGUAAUACUAAAAAGACGUCUAAAUCAAGAUAUACACACGGCGAUUUACAAGCGCGGUUAGAAACAUUAGAAAGUUAUUGGUCUAAAUAUCAAAAUCAAUAUGAGAUGAUUAAAUCAACGGUUACGAAAACUGAACUGGAGCAAUUACAAUUUAAUGCCGAAAGUCUGUACGAGGCAACUGAAGACAUAUACCUGGAAUUUAAGGGAUUAUUAAAGGAUUAUUUGUUAGAAUUUUCGAAAGGUCAAGGUCAACCACAAUCAAAUAAUAGUGUGCAGAGUUUUUUAUCAACAAAUGACAGUGAGACCACCCCAAUUAGAACUAAAUUACCACCUUUAUCGAUUCCUAAGUUCGCCGGUAAUUAUAACGAUUGGACAAGUUUUAAAGAUUUAUUUAAGGCUCUCGUGCAUGACAAUGUGCAUCUAACAACGAUUGAAAAACAUCAUUAUUUAAAAACGAGUUUAUCGGGAGAGGCUGAACAACUUCUAAAACAUUUUGCACUCACGGAGGCUAAUUACGAUAAGGCUUGGAGCACACUUGAGACUAGAUACAAUAACAAACGUAUGAUUGUCACUACAAUAAUUAGCCGCCUUUUAAAUCAAAAGAAGAUGAACACAAAAUGUUUUAAAAGCUUAAAGGAAAUUCUAGAUACUACGAAGGAAUGUUUGAAUUCUCUCGACAAUCUCGGCGUUGAUACUUCCACUUGGGACGCAAUUAUCGUACAUUUAGUUGUAUCCAAGUUGGACUUAGAGACACACAAACAAUGGGAACAGUCACUUGGAUCAUCGCAAGAUAUACCCACAUUUACCGUUUUAUCAUCAUUUUUAGAAAAUCGUUUCCGUUCUAUGGAGAUGGUAAAUGUCACCCACAAAAAAGACCAACCGCAGAAAAAGGACUUAGUUAAAAAUAAUACAACCCAAAAACCCACAACUAUGAAGUCAUUUGUCACAGAAGUAAACAGCGAAUGCACUUAUUGCUCACAAAACCACUAUAUUUGUCACUGUAAAGAAUUCGCCGCAUUCGAUGUUCCUCAACGUCAGGAUUUUAUUAAGAAGAAUGGCAUUUGUUUUAAUUGCCUUGUAAAGGGUCACUCCGUUAAUGCGUGUAGGCAGAGCACCACCUGUAGAAAAUGUAGUCGACGACACCACACUCUGUUGCACUUCACAAACCCUAACAAGAACACACCAGUGCCUGAAAGCGAUGCAGCAACACCCAGUACACCUGAAACAAGCCAAACCACAUCAACCGUUGUUUACAAGGCUGAGGUUGACAGCGACAGUGAGGAAGUGAUUUUGGCAACCGCACGAAUUGCAGUUAAGGCGAGGAACGGCGACACGAUAGUGUUGAGAGCACUGAUCGAUCCGUGCUCGCAGUCAAACUUUGUUACUGAAGCGGCAGCUCAACUGCUUAAUCUCGAGCGCGCUUCAGUCAACGGAAAAAUCACUGGCAUAUCACCUGUACCUAUGACAACAAAAUCACAAGUUAUGUUGAACUUUCAUGCCAUUAGAAAUCCAUCACAUAUAAUCACAGCUAAGGCGUACGUCCUUAGACGAAUCAAUUCGAGAUUACCCUCACAAGAGCUCCCAUCAGAUACCUGGCCUUCUUCUGAGAUUUCAGAUCUUGCGGAUCCACACUUUCACAAGCCAGGAUCUAUCGACGUGCUAUUAGGUGCAGUUGUAUACGCACAUAUUAUUCUUGAUGGAGUUGUAAAACAUAAUGAGUCUCUGGUCGCUUUGAACUCACGAUUGGGCUGGUUGGUAAGCGGCGAGGUUGCGCAGUCUGGCCAUCAGUCGAACAAUGUUAUUGUUAUGCACACACAAGUCGAAGUUGAUCAGUUACUACGUCAGUUUUGGGAGAUCAAUGAAUAUUCACCAAACGUGAAGCCUCUGUCACAACCUGAGAUGCAGUGUGAAGAGCAUUUUAAGAAAACUCACACUCGAAACACUGACGGUCGAUACGAGGUUCGCCUACCAUUCAAGGACGAAGACGCUCCAAAUUUAGGAAACUCCAGACAACUUGCUUUGAAGCGCUUACAUCAGAUGGAGAAUAAGUUUAAGCGCAGCCCUGACUUUCACGAAGAAUACUGCAAGUUCAUGAGACAAUAUGAGUCACUCGGUCACAUGGAGGUCGUCCCUGAAACAGAAAAGAAGAAUAGAGCUUAUUACCUACCACAUCAUGCUGUUCUUCGUGCCUCGAGCCUCACUACAAAGCUACGCGUAGUUUUUGACGGAAGCGCUAAACCUGUAGACGGAAACUCACUUAACGAUGAGCUACUCAUCGGCCCACCGCUGCAACAAGAUAUACGAGAUUUAGUAACACGGUGGAGACAACAUAAGUACUGUCUAGUAGCCGAUAUACAACAAAUGUACCGACAGAUACUUAUCUCAAAGCAAGACACUGAUUACCAGAGAAUCAUGUGGCGCGAGUCAUCGGAAGAGCCGAUUAAUGAAUAUCGGUUACUUACCGUCACAUAUGGCAGUUCAUGUGCUCCAUAUCUUGCCAUAAGGACGCUUCAUCAACUUGCAGAGGAUGAACGAGGAGAGUUUCCUGAAGCUGAAAUUUUAAAGACUGAUCUCUAUAUGGAUGACUUGAUGACGGGCUCAUCUACAGAAGAAGACACUCAACGGCUUCAAUAUCGCUUAACUGAACUAUUUAAACGUGGCGGUUUUCGUCUACAUAAGUGGUCGUCUAAUAGUGAAAAGGUUUUAAGUGAGAUUCCCGAUUCGCAAAAAGCAUUACAAAGUUCAGUGAAUAUUAAAAUGGAUGAUUCGGUGAAAGCUCUAGGCAUAGCCUGGAAACCACAAAGUGAUGUAUUUGAACUAUUAGUUAACUUACCUCAUGACAACGAUGUUGUUACAAAACGAAGUGUGCUAUCUUCGAUAGCAAAAACAUUUGACCCUCUGGGUUGGCUAGCACCUUGCGUGAUUGUGUUGAAAAUGUUUAUGCAGAAGUUGUGGCUGGCCGGCCUAGACUGGGACUCUGAACUUCCCGAAGACCUGAAAACUGAAUGGCAAACUUACCUGACCAAUUUCGAAUACAUGCAGACCAUUCAGCUUCCACGUUGGUUAGGGAUUACAAAUAAUGUAAAAAUUGAAUUGCACGGCUUUUGUGACGCCUCUUGCGCCGCCUACGCUGCGGUCAUUUACAUCAGAGUCAUCACGGACAAUGAGAUAAAAGUAAGCCUGGUCGCAUCCAAAACAAAGGUCGCUCCCGUGAAACAGGUCUCAUUGCCACGUCUUGAACUUUGCGGGGCAGUCCUAUUGUCUAAAUUGAUACCAAAUGUGAAAUCGAGUCUAAAUAUUGAUGAUAACUGUGUGUUUGCUUGGACAGAUUCCACAAUAGUUUUGGCUUGGUUACGUAAAACUCCAAAUACUUGGAAGCCAUUCGUUGGUAAUCGCACUACCGAAAUCUUGAAUGUUACGAAUAGUAGUCAAUGGCAUCAUGUUAAGUCUGCGGAUAACGCCGCGGACUGCGCCUCACGCGGUAUCACUCCUGACGAGCUGAUGCAGUCACAACUAUGGUGGGAAGGUCCAGCCUUUCUUCGCGAAUCCGUUGAGAUUUGUUAUCCUAAUUUUACUAUACCUGAAACCACACUCGAAGCAAAACCGAAAGCAAAAGUUAGUUACAUAUGCACCUCGGAACCCAAUGAAUGUACCAUGUACCUCAAUAGAUACUCAAGUCUACUUAGGCUUAUACGUGUGACAGCCUAUUGCUUUCGAUUUGUUCGGCUAUGUAAAGAUAAGGUUCUUAAAAGGAAUGAUAACGUAAAACUCACAUACCUCACUACUGAUGAAAUAAACAAUGCGUUAAAAACCUGUAUUAGAAUGUCACAGUCUGUUCACUUUGAGAGUGAAAUAGGAUUGCUAUCACAGAGCAAACCUAUUCCAAAAAAUUGUAACAUUCACUCUUUGAAUCCGAUCCUAGACAAUGAUAAAAUUAUUAGAGUUGGUGGACGUCUUGUAAAUGCUCAAAUACCACCUGAUAUGAAGUCUCCUAUAAUUUUACAUCACAAGUGCAACUUAGCAAAGCUGAUUGUAAUUGAUGCUCAUUUGAGAACACUGCAUGGUAGAAAUUCACUAACAUUGAAUCUUGUUCACCAAAAAUAUUGGAUUCUAAGAGCGAAAAACUUGGUAAAAAAAGAUUUUGAGAUUAUGUAAACCUUGUUUUACCCAAACUGCCCAAACUAUGACUCCGUUGAUGGGUAAUUUACCACAGUGCAGAGUCAAUCCGUCACGGCCGAUUUUGACCAGCGGCGUAGACUUUUGUGGUCCAUUUACGCUGAAACUGUACUCUGGUAAAUGCACCAAAACUUGUAAAGCUUACAUAAGUGUAUUUUUGUGUAUGGUUACCAAGGCCAUUCACCUAGAAUUAGUCAGUUCACUGUCCAGUGCUGCGUUUUUGGCAGCCUUCAAAUGUUUCACUGCUCGACGUGGGCAUUGUAAAGACAUCUGGAGUGAUUGUGGGACUAAUUUCGUAGGCGCGUCCAAAGAAUUAGAUCUCGCGUUCAAAAACAUCAAAUCAACUGUCGUUGAAGAAAUCGCCCAACUGUUGGCUAAUGACAGCACAACAUGGCAUUUCAUUCCUCCUGGUGCCCCUCACUUUGGAGGAUUGUGGGAGGCAGGAGUUAAGUCCGUAAAAGGACAUUUGAAACGUGUCGUAGGUGAAUCCUGUUUAACCUUCGAAGAGUUUUGCACUCUGACCACACAGGUCGAAGCUUGUGUUAACUCUCGGCCUCUUACGUUGAUUAGUUCUACCGUUGACGAACUCCCGUUGACUCCUGGUCAUUUUUUGAUCGGCAAGGCACCGGUUACUAUCCCUGAAGAAAGUUUCGUUGAUACUCGACCUGACUAUUUAAACCGAUGGCAAAAGGUGCAACGUAUGGUACAAAGUCUGUGGCGACGUUGGCAAUCUGAGUACCUUACUAUGUUGCAACAUCGAUACAAAUGGUCCCAGAAUCACCCCUACAUAAAGGUUGGUACGGUUGUCUUAGUGAAAGAUGAUCGUUUACCUCCGGGUAAAUGGCUUUUGGGACGAAUUGUGGCGAAGCACCCAGGAGCAGACGGCGUAACGCGUGUAGUCUCCUUACAAUUUAAGGAUCGUGUGUUUAAGAGACCAGUUACUAAACUUUAAGUGAUAGUUUAUAGUCUUGUUUUGUACAUCCUCACUCUAUUUAAGUUAAAGUUGAGAUGUUUGUGUUUUCCACGGUUUAAAGGACCCAUAUAGUCCUUGGGCCGCGGCAUGUUUAAUGAAAAAAUAUCCAAAUCUGGUUCCAUUCAUUCCACUAGCAACAUUUACUUAACUACCCGUUUUUAUUAAUAAAAGUCUAAUGAUUAAAUGAGGGUGGAUGAGAAAAAUCAGAUUUGACGUUAGUGAUUAAGCAAAAUUGUUCUCUCGCUGUUUCUUUUAAUAAAUUUUUGGGUUUUUAAA